UACCAUUAUUGACAAAAUAAUUAUCAAUGAAUACUAUAUAAUAAAAAUAAAAUGCAGAAAAUAGUUAGGAACGCUUACCUGAUUUGUAUAUGAAGAAGUUAAAAAUACUAGUAAAUUUAUAAAACAAUAGAUAAAGUUAUCCUUUAUAAACAAACUUAAAAUAAGGAACAAAUAAACCAAUAUUUAUGCCACAUUCAAUAUGGGAUAAAAUAUUAAAAGAAGUCUAUUGGCGAUCUAUUGAUUUCAAAGAAGAAAAUAAAAUAAAAUUAGCAAUAUGUUUUAAUAUCUCAAAAAAAAUGAAGAAAACAGUUGAUAAAAAAUAUAUACUAAAGGAUCAAUUGUAGUAUUAUCAUAAAUUAAUAGGAAUAUAAUUUUCGUCAGAUUUAGAUAUAUAGAUAUAAUAAUAGAGAAAUGAUAAAUAAAAUAAAUUAAAUGAGUAUUUCAAUAAUUUAAUUCAAGCUAAUUAGCCAUUUUUUACAACUGAAUAAGUUUAGUAUAGUAAUUUUAGAGAUAAUUAAAGGAAAUAAGAUAUUCUUAACAAAUUAAAA